AAAUAAUUAAAAUGGAGGAGAACAGAGAGAAAAAGAAGAAUAAGGAAUGGUCGAUUUGGAGUUGAUUUUGAAAGUGAAGAAAGAAGAAAUCAUUUCGUCCCUCAAUAGAGGACAGCUCAGAGAAGAGUGAGUCACUACUCCAAGAGGAUAUGGACCUUGAAUCCAAGAUUACCCCAUUCGAAGAAUCAAAAACCCAUAACGCUUCCCACCGACCAACUAACUCUUCCAAAUCCCCUAAGAGAACAACUUUGAAGGAAGAAACCUCUAAGGAAGAGAACGAGACACCAGAAGUUCAGGCACCAAAAAGAGCCGACCCAGUGGGCAGAGAGGAGGGAGCGGAUGGAGUAGGAAAUUGAGGAAUGGGUAGUGAGAGAAAUGGGGAUACUGAAAGGAAGGAGAUGAUGGAAGAGGUUGUAGAGGAGGUGAUAGAGGAGAUAAGGAGUGAGGUGAUUGACAAGGAGAUUAAAGAUGUGUGAGAGAGUGUUAAGGAUGCAUUGGUAAAGGAAAUUGAUGAUUUUGGAAGUUGUUUGAGGGAGAAGUAUGAAUCUGUACAGAAAUAGCCAAGAAAUGGGGAUAUCUGAAAAUCUUAUCCAAACUUACAAAAAUAAAAACUGAGUUGCAACUGUACUUCUUUGAUUUGAUUUAAAUAACGAAGAUUGGAGAAUCAAAGCUGAUUCCAAAUUAAAUCUCUCAGACCCAAACAUAUACUCCAUAUUAUUCACGACACCUUCUCCAAUACCAAAACUAUUCACUAAAAUCCUGACCCACCUCAGCCUAGCCAUAAGCACCAAACCUUUAAUCAAUUCUCCCCAAACGCAGGAUGAGGAGGAAGGUAGAGAUGAGAGCCAGUUGGUGAAACCUUAUCAAAUUACAUUUGAGAAUUUUGACUUUUCAGAGAAGAUGGGAUGCCUUUGAGAGGUAUUGCAGAUUUGUAUUGAUGAAGAAAUUAUAAGAGUUGCUUUUGAACAGUGUGUGUUUCCUUAUGUAACAGAGAAGGGAGUGAGCCAAUUGAUUUUCAUAACACCUCAAGAACAAAUGAGACCAUUUUAUGGAAUAAGUUUUACAGAAUGUGAAUUCAUUCAAAACCUAGAAGAAGAGAAAAAUUAUGAAUAUGACAAAGCUGAUCAAAUAGGCCUUCUGCUAAAUUGUCCAGGUUUACCAUCUCCAUUAAGAGAUCCAAAUGUAGAGCUACAAAUCGAGGGAGGGAUCUCUAGUAUUUCUUUCAAGAACAAUAAGUUCACUGACAUCGAAAUGGCAAAACUAAAGGUGUACCUAUGCUAUGCUGAAAAUCUUCUAAUUUUUGAAGAAGAUAAGAAAGAAAAAGAGGGAGAAGAGGGAGAAGAUGAAGAAGUAGAAGAAGAUGAAGAAAUAGAAGAAGAAAAUAAAAAAGCAGCCAAAGAAGAAUCAAAAGAAUAGC